AUUCCCUGCCCACGGGAAGCGGUUUAGUGAUAUUUAUUGAUGAUGCUACAGACCGACGCGUUGCUUUAGCGAGUCCAUGCAACUUGACAUUCUACUGUACUGAUGUCACAUGGAGCUGUCCAUUGUCAACGACGUGGCCCGUAGUCAAGGAAUACAACCCAGGAACAGAUCGAAGAAAGACGAUUCUCUUCAGCGGUUCGUUAGCAUCUGAACGGAAAGAGUGUUCAUGGUCACGUGAGUUUACUGACACGUGCGGCACGGUUCCACCAUCUUUAUAUGGUAUGAAGUGAGUGUUGGUAAUGGACAUCGCUCCGAGAUUUUGUAUGAAGCCAUGGUUCUAGAUGCAGCAUCCGAAUGAUCUAAGGAUAUACAACUGAUAUAAUGUGGACUAUGGGCACUUGGUCUGGGUUACUUCCCCUGGUUGUGACGUCAGCGUUGUUUGUGACAGUAGACGGCGCCACUAACUGGGGGGAUCUGAGCCUCCCCUUGGAACAUGUGCCCUACUUCUUCAGGAACAAUCCUUACAUGAAACAGCGUUGUAGGGAUGAGGAUAGCUGCCCUUAUAAGUCCUCCUUGGAGAUUAGGAGAUGCUGGGGAUAUGAAGACGGGUGCCCAGUCGGAGAGAGGAUGAGUACGCCCCUGUGCACCGACGAUGAGUCACAGAACCUAAGACGGGGUCAACCUUCAGUGGUGGAGACGAACACAGACAUAUUCUGGAAGCAGGCAGAUUUUGGCUACGUUAAAGAGAGGAGAAACAACCUGAGGACAUAUUGCAGCCCACAAGCACAGGGUGACUCGUCACUGGAGUGCGUGGACGGCCUAAAGUACUGCCGCGCAACAAACAUGUACAUUGACCUCCGUACAGCCGGGCUGGCAGAUCAGGGAAAAAGCUAUCGCCAGGACGUAUUAAAGAGUGGUCAGAUUGGUGGUUAUUGCCGGCUGGACAAGGCUGGACUCCUCGCCCAGAAGGACAACACUGGAUUCCUGUCGUCUUGGUAUCAUGAAAUGGAACAUUUCACCUCACUUACUUCUCGCCCACUACAAUCCGGCAAAUGUGACGUCAUUAUCGACAAACCAACGUUCAUUAUAAAGCUUGACGCAGGUGGGAACAUGUUCCACCACUUCUGCGACUUCGUCAACCUCUACAUCAGUCAGCAUCUCAACAACUCCUUCUCCCCUGACGUCAACAUCCUUGUGUGGGACACGUCUCGCAAGUACAUGGAACUCUUCGGGGAGACAUGGGACGCCUUUACUGACCAUCCGCGCCUUAUGCUGGUUGACCUUGAAGGGAACAGAGUUUGUUUCAAGGAAGCCAUCUUUUCUUUCCUGGCCCGGAUGACACAGGGGCUGUUCUACGCCCUUCGACCCGUGAAUAACUGCUACAACAGCGGGUUGAUGAGGGCGUUCUCCCAGCACAUCCUCCACAGACUGGGGGUACGUCAACACGGACCUCUGGCGAGGAAAGUACGUGUGACCUUCAUGUCUCGAAACACCAGGUACAGGAAGAUACGAAAUAUUGACAAGUUGGAAUCCGCCCUGAAGAGUCACUCCGACCUCGACGUGAAAGUAGUUGACUACAACAGAAAUAUACCGUUUCCGGAGCAAUUAGAGAUAUCCCACAACACUGACAUCCUCAUCGGCAUCCACGGCGCGGGGCUGACACACAUGCUGUUUCUACCGGACUGGGCGGUGGUGUUUGAAAUUUACAAUUGCGAGGAUCCUUCUUGCUACCUCAAUCUUGCCCGCCUCCGAGGGAUUAAAUAUAUGACCUGGGAAAACGUUGACAAGCUAAAGACCAUCAAAGUGGACGACGCCUACAAAGGAGGUGCCGAGGCCAAGUUUGUCGACUACGAGUUUGACUCACAUGAAACUCUUCGACUUGUUCGAAGGGCAGCAGAUCACGUGACUUUCCAUCAUGCAUUCAUCAAAGCAGGGAAACAGAACUCUAAACAUAUUCACAAAGAGGAAUUAUGAUUGUAGACACAUCAUUACAUUAACAGAAUAUAUUUGCUUUUGUAAAAUAAUAUUCAACGAAUUCAGUAGUCGGUAAUCGUGUUUUUUAUUUCAAACCUAACGUGAAACUGUUCUUGGAACGAUUUUCAAAGGCGCAUUGGGUCAGGAAUCCAUGUUGGACGUAUUUUCGUUCACGUGACUAUUAAAUGGCACAACA